CUGCUUAUCUGAUCUCCGCUUCCAUUGCCUUCUCUUCGUCUUUCAAAUCCAAUCCCCAGAAUCCCACAAUGGAGGCCUUCUCAUACCAACAGAACCAAGCUUUCCUUGUUGACUCUGCCGGACUGACAACCACCCCAUUUGAGAUGCUUCUCCCCCCACCACAAGUUGGAGAGAUGAGCAAUAACUCCUUCUCUUCCUUCCCCUUUUAUUUCUCUCCUGAAGCCAUCCUAGAGGUCUCAGCUAUUGAUGCCAGUGCCUACCAGAGCAGCAGCUCUCUUGAUACUUCCUCAAAAGCUCCUUCAUCUGAGAGCAAGAUGACUCUUUCCUGGGUGGUAACUGAGCCCCAUGAUGAGGUGGUCCAAAAACAAGAAGUCUCUAUGGAGAAGAAAAGAAAGAUUGGACAUGGGACUUGCUUGUCUUCUGGUCAAACCAAGGAUGUAAAGGAAAGAAAGAGUAGGAAGCAGAGGAAACCCAAUGGUGAUUUGAAGGGAAAAGAGGAUAAGAAGUCCAACGACGAAGUCUCCAAAGCCACAAAAGCUGGUGAAGAGCCUCCUCCAGGGUUCAUUCAUGUAAGAGCCAGGAGAGGUCAAGCUACAGAUAGUCACAGCCUUGCAGAAAGGGCCAGAAGGGAGAAGAUAAGAGGGAGAAUGAAGAUGUUGCAAGGCCUUGUUCCUGGCUGUGACAAGGUUAAUGGAAAGGCCCUUAUGCUAGAUGAGAUAAUUAACUAUGUGCGGUCUUUGCAGAACCAGGUUGAGUUUCUUUCCGCAAAGCUCAUGUUAUAUGACUUUGGAGGGGAUAUUGAUGACUCCAUGAACAUAUUAGAGAAAAUGGGGAUCAUACCACAACAAGUGCCAUUUGGGAACCAAACCACUCACAUUCAGGCUCCAUCUUUUGAGAAUGCUACCAAUAACUACCAAAUAAAAGAUCCUUCAGUUCCUCUUUUACUAAAUUGCCAGCAACCCACAGCCUUUUCACAGGAUGGUGACAGUUUUAUGGUGCAAGUGGGAGAACAGAGACAACAAUUUCUCAAUCAAGUAGAUUUCACCAAUAUGUGCUCUUUUCAGUAGAGAAAGAAGGCCCUUUGAUACCCUUGGUCUGCCAUAAGAGAUAUGCCUGAACAUGUAAAAGAGAUGCUUCUGUGGCCAAUAGGAGACACAACCGGACAAGAUACCUAGAUGGAAUGGUAGUUCUCAUUGUUCUUGAAAUGGUUUUUCCCCAAGAUGCCUUGCUCUCAGUCCAUGUGAAGGAGAUUUUCCUCAAAAGAAAUGCCGGCGACAAUGAGACCAUAUCUGUUGGGGAUCCUUCCUGUUGUGGCCUUUUGGACCAGUAGAUUCAUGCACAAAUUCUGAAGGACAAGUCCUGAUGUUAAUCCUAAAAAAAUAAUAAGAAAAUUCUAAUUAAAGAGA